CCUUUGCUUUGGUUUUAACCAAUCAAACUAAAGAGUUAUGUGCUAUGGCGAUGUGCGAUUCCUUUCUUUCGCUCUUGUUCUGAUAAAAUUUAGUAUAAAGUAAAAUAAACAAGGUUUGUAAGACUUAUGUAUUAUAAAUAUAACACUAAUUAUAAAAGAUCGGAUUCGGCGGAAUUUGAUUUGAGAACGUGUAAAUCGUAUAAAACGUGAGGUGGAGAACCCUGGACCACUGAUGGAGACCCACGUGUCUUCAACCACUGCCGAUGUUCCGGACACACAGGAGGUAAUUGGUCCACAUGGCAAUGUUGAAAUAGUGGUUGCAGUGGAGAAAGUAGAGGAAGACAUACAGCGGAAGGCAGAUUCAAACUCACAAGACAAUGCACAGCCUAUGAUGGAAGAAAGUAGUGUUCCCUGCAGCCAAUCUACAAAAACGGAUAGCUUGCAUAAGUCACCUCGUAAGCAAGAACCAUUACAACCACCUACAAACAAAGAAAUAAAUAAAACUGCUCCAUCUCCAAUUAAAUUACAGUCAACCAAGCAACCUAACAUACAAACAAAUGCAAAUGAAACUCAAACACCCCAAAGUAAACUGUCAGGCAAACUAGUUGGAGUCCUUACACAACAUGCUCCUGAUAAAGAACUACCAGCACCAGCAGAUGUUGACUCUACGUCUCCAAAAGAUAUCCCCAUGGACGUCACGUCUGAUGAGGUUGAUAAUAAAAAUGAUAUAACCUUGAAUAUUUCUGUUGAUAGAGAUCCUUCUAAUGAAUCACAGUCAGAUAUGACUAGUGAUGCAGAAAAGGAACACAAUAAAAGUAUUAGUAGAGAGUUGAAGUCCCUUAUUAAUUCUGCUAAAGAAUCCAAAAUUAUUAGUGAAUGCACAAAAUUGACUAGCAAAACAAGAAAAUCUGCAAGAGCUGCUCUAGAUACUUCAAGCACUAAUAUAAGUAAUACUCCUGAGGCUGAUCCUAUUCAGGGCAAUCGGCGUAGUAGCAGUAAUUCCCAAAAAAGUAAUUCAAGUGGGAAAUCAGAUAGGGUGGGAAAGAGAUCUAUGAGGUCCCAAAACCCAGAAUUUGUUCAUAAAGUCAGAAAAUUCCUUAAUUCCGUCACAGGAAAGUUUCAAAAAGAUGCUGAUUCUGAUGAAAGCACUGUAUCUGAUGAAGAGACAGUAGCUCCAAAACUCAAAGAAAACUCCACCGACUCCUCUCCCAGCAAUGUCAACAACCGAAAUCCUAAUCAGGAACAGGUUCAAUCUCAGUCUAAAAUAGAUGAGAAAAGUAACAAGCUUCGUUCAGACCCAUAUUGCUGGAGAUGCCAUUGGUCCAUUGACAUGAAUGAUGGGGAGAAGACGCCGCAGCCUCCGUUGAAGUGCACCGUCUGCCCCCGUGCCUUUCACUACAGAUGUCUUACCGGCUCUGAGAAAAAUAAGAUCAGUUCUGAAAAGAAUUGGGUGUGCCCCGAAUGCAUGACUGUGUUACAUGCAGAAAGUUCCGAGACCAGAUCCCAUGCAAUGAGAAAGACAACAUUAGGAAUGCUGUGUGAGCUACUGAAAUAUGCUUUGCAGCGCAUGACUGAAGUUGCUGGGUCGGAACCGUUCCUGCAGAGCGUUGACCGCUCGGUGUUCCCCGACUACGAUAAGUAUGUGGUGCACCCCAUGGACCUGGCACUGAUGCGCGAGCACAUCGACGAGGGGCUGUACGGCAGCACCGAGGCCUUCCUGGCCGACGCGCACUGGAUACUACACAACAGUAUUAUAUUCAACACAUUGCAGUCGAAACUGACGACUACAGCGCGCGCGCUGGUGCGCUCGUGCCGCGCGGAGAUGGGCGAGAUCGAGGCGUGCCCCGAGUGCUACGCCGCGGCGCACGCGCGCCGCCCCACCUGGUUUACCGACGUAUGCUCCACGCCGCACCUGCUGCUGUGGGCCAAACUCAAAGGGUUCCCGUACUGGCCAGCGAAGGCGAUGACGGUGAGCCACGCGGGGCUGGUUGAUGUGCGGUUCUUUGGCGCGCACGACCGCGCCUGGGUGCCCGCGCGCGACUGCUACCUGUACUGCGACCGCGACCCCAACAACUUCCGCACCAAGCGGCAGGACAUAGUCGACGCCAUGCAGGAAGCGGAGCAGCACAUCCGCAACAUCUCGCGCAAGUACGGCAAGUUCGCGUACGCGCCCUACCGCACCACCUUCGAGGCCUCCAAGCUGGAGGAAGUUCUCAAGUACAUGAUACCGUCGUUUGAUGGGGAAGUGCGGAGCACGGUGCGGGAGAGGCGUUCGAAGACGCCGGCGCGCACUCUCAAGAGCCGCUCCAACUCCAAGGGAUCGAAGGAUGACUCUAAUGCGGGGUAAGUAACCUGCCUACCUCCAAUAGGGUAUAGGUUUGAUGGGCAAGUGCGGAGCCCGGUGCGGGAGAGGCGGUCGAAGACGCCGGCGCGCACUCUCAUGAGCCGCUCCAACUCCAAGGGAUCGAAAGAUGACUCUAAUGCGGGGGAUGCGGUAAGCGAUAGCGAGCAAAUGGAUUCCGAAACUCCUAAAACUGAAGACGCAGAGAAAAAUAAAGAAAAGGAAGGAAAUGUACUUGCUGAAAAACCCCAGGCGGCCACUCGCAAGCGGACUCGUUCCGAAACAAAGGGGCCCGCUGAGAGCAGCCCUAAAGAGAAGCGGCGGCUGCUCGACACCCCCUGCAAGGAGCCGGCGCCCAAGAAUUCCGACUCACCCGUGGUCAGCAGCAGCAAAGAAAUCGGACACAAACAAAACGAGCCGGACGACGCCGCUUCCGAGGAGCCCGUCGAGGUCGACCGCGAGCCGGCCGCCGCCGCGCCCCUGCCACCCGCUCCCCUCACAACCGACGCGGCGCCCAAACCGAAUAAGAAUCCCAAAACAAACAAUGUAGUCGCGCCAAAUAAAACACUCGCUAAAACUGAUCUACCGAAAACUAAUGACAAAGAAAAAAAUACACAACAAGGAGAAAAACCGGUUUCUCCAAAUGACAGAAUUUCGAGGAGUAACAAGCCGUUGAACAAUAUCGAGACCAUUGAACUGGAGAAAAACAAUCCCACUACGACUAAUCCGAACGACACGUCCGCGCCGCCACUAACAAAUACAGCUAAAACCAAUCCUAACAGAGUUUCUCCGAAGGAAGCUGUUACAAUAACUAAAGCCAAUGAAAAAGAAAAAACUACAGAAUCAGCUGUCCUAAUCAAAAUUAAUGACAAGGGUAACAAAGAUGCCUCGUUGACUAUUACAGUAAAUGCUAAAGACAAACUUACCGAAGCUGCCACUUUAACCAAAAUAACAGAUAUCGUGAAAAUGACUCAUAAUAAAUAUAAAAUAAACGACAAGGAUACUGAAAACACCACGCCCAAUAAAGACGGGGGGAAAGAAAAGGUGGCUACGGUUACACCUAAUAAAAAUGCUGCAAAAACAAUGCCAAGUACCAAAAACUUGGGUAGCGGAAAAACAAAUAUUGAUGGCCCUACAAUUCCUAAUACAACUACUGAUAAAACAGUAAGCGAUUCCACUAUAAGUAAUGAUGCUGGAAAGGUUAACGCGAAUAAGGGUACAGAUAAAAUUACAGAUAAAACUGCAGAUACUAGCACAGAGAGUAAUAAGAUUGUAGUCGAUAAGGAAAAAAGUGCUAUUGCAAAGAACGCCUUUUUACCCAAACCAGGCACUUCUAAAGUCAUCAAAGCUACCAAAGAUCGAAUACAAUACGACCAAGACACCAGCCUAGCCGUAAUGGCUCGCAAAGUACCAAAAAAUAACAGUAACAGCGACGUGUCCGCCGGGGCGGCGGGAGGCGGCGGCAAGGGCGCGGCCUCGAGCCCGGCGGCUAACGCGCCGCCCGCGCCACCCGCGCCACCCGCUCCACCCGCCACUCGCUCUUCCAGCGCCAGCAAGGCCACGCCAGUUACAGUGGAGGUCAACCCCGACUCUAGUAUUUUCACGCCUACGAGCACAGACAACGUGCGCAACAUGAAAGAGGCGGUAAACAAACUACAGAAACUGAGAAGCGGAUUCGAUCCGUCGGCAAAUCCGCAAGUCGGUAAAGUCGGCGUACGAGCUUUCGCCAGAAUGACGUCUCCGCCCGAGAAACAGGCGAAACCUAACGAUGUUGUAGUGGAAAUUAAAUCGGAACCUAUGGAGUACGAAGACUGUGAUGCUCCGCAAGAAUCUUCUACCGUCCUGGAUUCUCUGCGGCCGCGACCGAUCGCCCCAGCAGUUUCGGCUCCGAAUCUGCGGGAAGUGCGUAUUAGCAAAGUGAUACCGGUACCGGCGGCAGCGAAGAAGUCUCCGAAGCCGCCGGACGUUAGGCCGCGCGCCAAGAAGACGUUCCCGCAGCCGAAGAAAGCUGACGACGGAAGAUCGGAGUUGACCAACAAGAACUCGAUGGUGUACAUCCCCAUCCAGCCGCCGAUCUCGCAGUCCCCCGUGCGCGCCGCACUCAAAGCGAUCAACUCCGCCACGGCCACGCCCCCAAGGACACCUACGCUCUUCCCUACUGCCAACUUGAAGAGCGUGACGUCGAUGGCCCCGCCGCUGCUGCCGAUGGCGCCGCCGCCGCCGCCACCAGCCACCGCGGCGACGGCAACCAGCGCCGUGACCGGCGCCAUCCUGGCGCCCGGCUUCCCCGCCGUGCCCACUACCGUACAUACGGUGCCGCUCAUCACGUCGGUCAAUGGGCAGUGGACCUUCAGCUUGCAGCCUGUCAUGUCGGUUGGCGCUGGCGAGAGCAUCACGUCGGCGACGGUGAACGGCGUGAGCGAGCGCGCGUCCGGGGCCGCGCCGCCCGUGCCCGCCGCCCCCGUGCCGCCUGUGCCCGCGCCCGCGUCCGCGCCCGCGCCCUCGGCGACGCAGCCGCCCGCGCUCGUGCCGACGGGCGCGCCGCUCAACCCUCCCGGCCCCGAUGCGACACGCUCGCCCGCGAUUGAGCUACCGCCGCCCCCACAGCUGCAGCAGCGGCCGGCGCUGCAGCACCCGCUGGCCGCGGGCACCGAGAUCGGCGAGAUGACGGCGCCCUCUUCCGCCGGCCCGCUCACCGCCAAGCUUAACCAAAACUCUAUCAAGCUAGCAGAGUUCUUCCGCCACCUGCUGGAGGAGUCGCUGGUUCAAGUGGAGGAGCCCACGGCCGAGACGGCGGCGCUGCGCCUGCAGCUGGAGCAGGAGCGCUGGCGCUACCAGCACGAGCUGGCCGAGCUGCGGCGCACUAACGAGGUGGCGCUAGUGGAGGUUCGAGCGGCGAUGGAUAAGGAGAAAACGCGCGCAGUGGCAGAGGCGCGCCGUUUCGCGCACCAGGAGCUCGAGGCCGCCGUUAAGAGUGCCAAGUCCAAGCAGUGGUGUGCCAACUGCAGCCAGGAGGCGCAGUUCUAUUGCUGCUGGAACACCUCGUACUGUGACUACCCGUGCCAGCGCGCGCACUGGGGCCAGCACUACGCGCACUGCACGCAGCAGCGGACGAAUGCCUCCUCGCCGCCCACAGUGACCGCCAAAGUGACCUCGGCAACCACUCGGACGUUGAACUCUGAACAAGCACAGAACAAAUCUCCUGUUGCCGUGAGUGUGGCGGACGAAGGCAACGGGCAUGCGGCAGCGAAGAGCGCGGGCGCCUCGCCGCCGGCCGCGGCCCCGGCCCCGGCCCCGGCCCCGGCCCCGGCCCCGGCCCCGGCCUCGCUGCACGCCGCGCCGCUCUUAGCCAACAAGCAGUUGAUGAAUAACGAUGAAAACGCGCCGAAGCGAGUGGUGACGUCGGGCGGGUUCCUGAUCGUGGGCGCGGGCGCGGGCGCGGCGGGGGACGCGCGCCGCGCGCCGCCGCGCCGCGACUGAGCCACGCUCUCCGUCACCAGCAUCUACCUCCUCGAACCCUGAACCCAGCCCGCGAGUAGAUAAUGGUGCGACCCGACCCACUUGAAACGUUUUAUAUUAAAAUAGAUAUUCGAUCUAUUUCUGUCGAUUCCAACUUGAAACUUCCUUAUUGUUUAAGAUAAACUGUACAGUGAUUUACUAACAUAUUGAUUUGGGAAAUUACGUAUAGACUAAGCGAACUCGACUGACAUUGUGUAAAGAUGGAUUAGUGAAUUGUGAUGGCUCGACGGAGCCGCGGCAGGCGCCGCCGACGCUGGGAAAGGCCAAAUGCUAAAGCGGGCCCUGAAGGAAAAUUGGUUUGGUAGUGAUUUGGUUUACAUUUUUUUCUGUAAAUUUACGUAUUUUUCAAGAACGUAGUGAUACCGUUCGGAUAAUACCUACAUGAUUUAUCCUAAAAACACUAGAUAUAGGAGUAUAAAUUGUACCUAUAUUAUAAUUAUGUUGAAUCGAAAAGUUCAAAAUAUACUGAAGUAUUUCCUAAAAAAUUAAUAAUUUUGAAUUUUUAAUACGUGUAUCACACUGGAUUGUAAUUAUACUAUACGAUACUUUCAUAGGUUUGUAUAUAUAAAAUUACCUUAAUGUAUAAUGCUUCGUUAGAGCAAAACCAGUGUCCAACAAACAAGUUUGUGCAUAAAUGUACGGCGACAUAUAUACCAAUCCGGUAGUAUCCGCCGCCGCCGCCGCCGCCGCCGCGCCGGGCGGGCGAAGGCAUCGUGUCGAGUUAGUUGUUAUUGGCGGUUUUUGUUUGUAUGGGACGCGCCGUCCGCCGUCCGAUACGGGCGCGGCGCGGGCGCCGGUGAGCCGACUCAAGCGGUAACGUGGACUAAUACUUGGGUAGUGUGAUUUCUGCCUGAGUUAGUUUACUAUGAGGAACAUGAGUAGUUCCUCGUAAUUAUGGCUACACGCUCGAUACACUGUUCAGUGUUCUAUUAAAUAUUAUUAAGACUGCUAAUUUUUAAGUUGACUCGAAAUGCAUAGAAUAUUUGUUGUAUUGUUCAGCAAUUCUUACUUAUUGAAUACUGUGGAUUUUAAUUUGAAAAUGUUGAUAGUCAAACAAUAACACUUGGUCUCAUCGCUUCACGUUUCCAUGAAAAACAAAUAGUUCAUUGUUUUGUUCAUUUAUACUGUAGUUUUGACCAACGAUUAAGAGCCCUUAUUCCCUGGAGCGUUCAUCGAUUUCACGAAAUAACACUCAAUAGAUGGCGUUGACGCGCGGUACGCGAGCGCCGGCAACUAUAACGCGUUUUGAACGCAGAAAAGAAUAAUCUUGAUCGUUGUCGAUUUCAAUAGCAAGUAACAUUAUUUUUAUUGUUAUAGCCACUCUUUUAUUUUAUUUUAUAUGCAUGGUAGUAGUAAUUUCAGUUUAUUAUGUUAAUAAAAUAUACAUACUUGUACCCAGAGAUGACCAGGGUGCCUAGCCAAGAUGCCAACCGUUUAGGUACUUAUAGUUUACAUUAAAACCAAUUCUGCAGCUGGCCUCUGAAAUGGGUAAUAGAAACGCGAUCCGUAUGUCUUUCGCUUUCCAAAUGACGAGGGUGCCUAGCCAAGAUGCCAACCGUUUACGCUCCGUAGCAAACGAAACGUAACUGUCUCUGUCGCACUAAUAUUGAAGAGUGAUAGAGAGAGAUUACGCUAUUGUUCGCUUCGGAACGAACGACUGGAAUCUUGGCUAGGCACUCGGGUUUAGUACCUACAGUUUACGCUAAAACCACUUAAAACCAAAUCUGUAGCUAGCCACUGAAAUGGGUAAUAGAAACGCGUUCCGUAUGUUUUGCUUUCCAGAUAAUCAGAGUACGGAGCGUAAACAGUUGGCAUCUUGGCUAGGCAUCCUGGUCAUCUGCAAAGCGAAACACAUACGGAACGCGUUUCUAUUACCCAUUACAGUGGCCAGCUAUAGAUUUGGUUUUAAUGUAAACUAUAGGUACCUAAACCUGGGUGCCUAGCCGAGAUGCCAGUCGUUCGUUUCGCAGCGAAUGAUAGGGUAAUCUCUUUCUAUCACUCUUACAUAUUAAUGCGACAGAGACAGUUGCGUUUCGUUCGCUACGGAGCGUAAACGGUUGGCAUCUUGGCUGGACACCCUGGCCCUCUAGAAAGGGAAAGACAUACGGAACGCGUUUCUACUACCCAUUCAGAGGCCAGCUACAGAUUUGGUUUUAAUGUAGACUAUAGGUACCUAAACGGUUGUCAUUUUGGCUAGGCACCCUGGUCAUCUGGAAAGCGAAAGACAUAAGGAACGCGUUUCUACUACCCAUUUUAGAGGCCAGCUACAGAUUUGGUUUUAAUGUAAAUUAUAUUAUAGAUACCUAAACGGUUGGCAUCUUGGCUAGGCACCUUGGUCAUCUGGAAAGGGAAAGACAUACUGAACCCGUUUCUACUACCCAUCUAGAGGCCAGCUACAGAUUUGGUUUCAAUGUAAACUAUAGGUACCUAAACGGUUGGCAUCUUGGCUAGGCACCCUGGUCAUCUAGAAAGCGAAAGAUACAAGGAACGCGUUUCUACGACCCAUUUUAGAGGCCAGCUACAGAUUUGGUUUUAAUGUAAAUGAUAUUCUAGGUAGCUAAACGGUUGGCAUCUUGGCUAGGCACCUUGGUCAUCUGGAAAGGGAAAGACAUACGGAACCCGUUUCUACUACCCAUUCAGAGGCCAGCUACAGAUUUGGUUUUAAUGUAAACUAUAGGAACCUAAACGGUUGGCAUCUUGGCUAGGCACCCUGGUCAUCUAGAAAGCGAAAUACACAAGGAACGCGUUUCUAUGAUCCAUUUUACAGGCCAGCUACAGAUUUGGUUUUAAUGUAAAUUAUAUUCUAGGUACCUAAACGGUUGGCAUCUUGGCUAGGCACCUUGGUCAUCUGGAAAGGGAAAGACAUACGGAACCCGUUUCUACUACCCAUUCAGAGGCCAGCUACAGAUUUGGUUUUAAUGUAAACUAUAGGUACCUAAACGGUGGGCAUCUUGGCUAGGCACCCUGAACAGACCCGAUCACCUAGGCGAAAAAAUUCAAUAUUUGUGCUGUAAAAUGUACCUAUGAUUACAUUGAUCACCUAAGGAUCAAGAUUUUCUAAUCGCAGUAUACACCACUUCUCGGAACUAGCUCGUUGGUUACGAACAAAACAAACGCCUGACGAUCGAGCACAGGUCCGUCCCCUAAGCGCUCUCGGCGGAGUGAGCGCGCAGUGUCGGUGCAGCCGUGCAGCGUGAUUUAUACGUCAUUUAAAAAUAUUUAUAUUUACGGGAAAAUAGGUCCUAUAGUUAUGAUUCUUUUUUAUAGGUUCACAUGAAGUUAAAGUUUGCUAUAAUAUUAUUUUGAGGGCAAAAUAUAAGUACAAUUUGCGAUAAAAAAAUAUAAUGCGACCCUGUUUUCACCGAAAAAAUGAAGAAAACUCGGAAGGUAUUUUAUCAAGUAUUUUAAAUGAAUCUUUGAUUUUCAAUCAUUUCAGCCCCUCGUACAAGAUAUGGUGAAUUGAAUUGUUAUCAUUCAUGUACCAAAUGAUUCUUGUUUACUGCAAUAUUGGCAACUGAAACGACACUUCUCACUGCAAAUUUUGAAAAAUACUCCCAGGAAAACUCAUUUAUUUUAGGUUUAUAAAGAGAAAAUGCAAACUUUAACUAUUUCAGCCGCCAGUUUAGGAAAUGAUUAUUUAAGAACGUUAACAGUUUUUGAAUAAAUACUAAUAGUUACGUCGUAAUGUUGAAUGAAAAAGGAAGCAUUUUGCAAAAUACGCUCGUUUGUAGGAAUAAGGCCUCUUAAC